CAUUCUUCUUCUUCGUUUUCUGAGUUGAGAAAUCUGAGUUGUCUUCUUCUUCUUCUUCUUAUUAGUAUCUUCUACAUAAGGUGCGAAGAGUUUAUCUGAAUCGACCGAUUCUCCAUUACAAAGCUUUUUUUGUUUCUUCUCCUCCUGAUCAGCUUUGCUAUCACUGGGCAGAUGACAUUGUACAUGAGUUCUGCUACUUCAGUCACAAAUCUAUCGACAACACAUAAGAAUGUGUUCCAAUUAGUCGAUAUGGUAGCCACUGAAUCAAACCACUUGUUAAGGGACAAGACUCUUUGCUUCCCCGGAAGGCAUCACAUGAACAUCCAGCCUAAAAAGACUUUUCCAUUAUCAUCACUUAAUCAGAUGAAAAUCCGUGUUCCGAGAACAUUACGAGCCUCAGCGAACGGGAAAGGCAGAGCUGAAUUGGAGGCUAUCUUUGGUGGUAAUACCUCUACAGAAAGUAGUGACUUUCCAGACUCUAAAGCUGAUUUUUCUCGUCUCGAGUUAGAAAUAUACCACUCUGGAGGAAGCUUUGGAGACCAAAAUGUGGCUAGUGUUGUCGAAAAACUGAACGCUCUUCGGUCUCAUCUAUUAGCAGCAGAGAAGUGGAAUGCUUCUCGACUUGAGUCAUGUGACAGAAAAUAUCUGGAAUGUGCGACAAACUUAAUCCAUUAUAUGGCUUUGAGGUCAUUGGACAUUGAGCAGCUCAACAGCGAUCUUGCUUCUCUUGGUCUGUCAAGUUUAGACAACAACAAUGUGACUGUCCUCGCCAGCCUUAACUCCACUAUUAAUCUGUUGAUGAACUCUCCCUAUAGCAAACAGAGUGAUGUGAUCGAAUCUCGGAAUAAUGCCUAUCCUAAGCAGCUGAAGGGUAAGAGUAGCAAGAAGAAUGAUAAAGGAAGAGUAUUUUCAUAUAAAGAGUUGUUACUUGGAAAACUUCGUGAGGGAAGAAGUACUCAUAUCAUGGUAACUGUUGGUAAAGAAGCAACUGAGAGUGAAACAUUUAUAACCGAUGUUCUUAAAGCUGGAGCUUCUGUUAUCCGUAUAAACUGCGCACAUGGAGACCCGAGCGUUUGGGGUGAGAUCAUCAAAAGAGUAAGAAGAACCUCUCAGAUGCUAGAGAUGCCAUGCCGCGUUCUUAUGGAUUUAGCUGGACCAAAACUGAGAACUGGUACCUUAAAACCUGGUCCUUGCGUGAUAAAAGUUUCACCAAAGAAAGAUGCUUAUGGAAAUGCAGUUUCUCCUGCUCUGGUGUGGCUCUCCCUCACAGGAACACAACCUCCUCCUGCUCACCUUUCGCCUGAUGCUACUAUAUUCGUGCAAGACGAGGAUUUUCUCUCUGGUCUCCAGAUGGGUGAUUCUUUAAGACUAUGUGACGCUAGAGGGAAAAAGAAGAUGCUUAGAAUCACAAAAGAGUUUGAUGUUUUUUCCAGUUCCGGGUUUGUAGCUGAAUGUUUUGACACUGCUUAUAUUGAGUCUGGAACUAUGUUAUACGUUAAGGGAAAAAAAGGGAGACGCUUGGUUGGACGAGUAGUGGAUGUUCCUCCCAAGGAAUCUUUUGUAAGGCUCAAAGUGGGAGACUUACUUGUCUUAACCCGAGAAGGAUCGUUCGAUGAACCUUGUGUAACUGUUCCAGGAGCUCAUAAGGUAACUUGUCCUUGCGGUUAUUUGUUCGAUUCUGUCAAGCCUGGUGAAACCAUUAGUUUCGAUGAUGGCAAAAUAUGGGGAGUAAUCAAAGGAGCUAGCCCUUCAGAGGUAAUUGUCUCCAUCACUCAUGCUGGUCCAAAGGGUACUAAGCUAGGAUCAGAGAAGUCCAUUAACAUUCCCCAAAGUGAUAUCCGUUUCAAAGGCCUCACAUCAAAAGAUAUCAAAGAUCUUGAAUUUGUAGCUUCACGUGCUGACAUGGUUGGCAUUUCUUUCAUACGUGAUGUCCAUGAUAUAUCCGUUCUUAAGCAAGAGCUCAAGAAAAGGAAACUUAAUGAGCUAGGUAUUGUUCUCAAGAUUGAAACGGAAAGUGGGUUUGAGAAUCUACCCUUGAUUCUAUUAGAGGCAAUGAAGUGUUCGAAUCCUCUGGGAGUUAUGAUAGCUCGAGGUGAUCUUGCAGUGGAGUGUGGAUGGGAGAGAUUGGCUAAUAUUCAAGAAGAGGUUUUAGGUAUUUGUAAAGUUGCUCGUGUACCGGUAAUCAUGGCAACUCAGGUUCUGGAAUCACUUGUCAAAUCCGGUGUUCCUACUCGAGCUGAGAUCACAGAUGCUGCAAAUGGCAAAAGGGCAAGCUGUGUGAUGUUGAACAAAGGCAAGCACAUCGUUGAAGCUGUUUCGAUGUUGGAUACUAUCCUUCACACCAAGCUUAUCUAUAAGAAACCGGACUCUGAAAUCCUACAUUGCUCUGCUUCUCACUAGAAAGAGAACUUGUAAUUUGCCUGGCCAGUCCAUGAACUGGGUCGUCCGGUUAAGUCCUGGUUCAAUAUUGGGUCUUGUGGAGCUGUGGCGGUUUCAAACCAGGAUUUAGCCCGGUUCACAUAGCCCGCCGGUAUGUUGUCCUGCAUUGGAAUGUCUCUAGAAAGAGCUUUAGUGGAAAUCUAAAAAUGUAUGCUGAGGAUAUGAAGUAUGAACCAUUCACUGAUUAACAGAAAGCGUUACAUCGA